AUGCGACAACACUUGAUGAACAUUACAAAAAUCAUCAAAAUUGAGAAAAAACAAUUAUGGGCGUUUGACCAUUUGGACAAAGUCCGUAACAUAUACUCUGACCCGAAGUAUCCAAAAUACCAACCCAAUACAGUGGUUCCAGAAUAUCCAUGUGUUCAAAAUGCAAAAUACUCGUGUGUUGAGAAAGCUAUAGAGAGUGACUUCUUCCAUACCAAAUAUUACAUGUGGGUUGAUGUUGGUUACUUCCGGUUAAUCACAAGCAGAAAAAGGGACUUCCGGUUGACACUUCCACGGAACUUUGACGAGAAGAAAAUAGCUCUCAAUCAAGUCAAUCUAGACUAUUCAAUGGAGGAACGGCCAGAAGAUAUUUUUAAAAAUAUGUACGUGUGGGUUGGAGGGGGUCUUUCUGUCGCUGAGAAAGGCGUGUUUCGCCAGUUCAUUAAGGAUUACAGAAAGGCCGUGGAGCAUUAUUUGGACCUGAAUCUGAGCAACUCGGACCAGCAAGUUCUGUUUGCAAUGUCAACAAAGGCGGAACGUGCUAAACUGAAACUGACAGUACAGAUCCAACCCUACGUCUGGGACGUCUGGGGCAGCUGCUGGUACUACCUCGGCUACCAGUGCUACAGGGAGGUUUGA